ACACCCAGGAGCUCGAAUUCCGGCUCUCAAACUGGCCCCAUGGUUGGACUUUUGCAUUACCCGGCUGGGGCUAGCCAUGCGGAAUCGGAUUCCAAUAUGACACCAUCUCCACCGUCCUCCCUGGUGAGAUCGGACCAUUCUACAUUAGACAUUAUAUGCGCUGAUCUGCGAUCCUUAGCUUCCAUGAUGGCUACUAAACAGGACUUCCAGACCCUCACCUCCACACCCAAUGACACCAUUACGUCCGAAAUGUCCCUGAUCCGCACUGAG